GCGGCAAGAACUUGUGUUUAUUAUCCGCCGAAAUUGUUGAGUGUAUUUUUCUGUAAAUAACUGCAGAUUUACAGAACUCGAUAUCAUGUCUGUGAAUUAUGCAGCAGGACUUUCUCCGUACGCUGAUAAAGGCGUUUGUGGCAUCCCGGAGGUGUUUGACAGCCCAGAGGAGCUGCAGAGGAAGGUGGAGCAGCUGGCUCAGCUGAUUCGGGACUCCCGGUACCUCGUCGCGCACACAGGGGCCGGAAUCAGCACCUCCGCAGGCAUACCAGACUUCAGGGGCCCCAAGGGUGUGUGGACGCUGGAGGAGCGGGGCGAGGCCGUGAACUUUGACACCACAUUUGAGGAGGCGCGUCCCAGCCUGACGCACAUGGCCCUGCUGCAGCUGCAGACGGCCGGACACCUCCAGUACCUCGUCAGCCAGAACGUAGACGGCCUCCACCUGCGCUCCGGAUUCCCACGAGAUCGGUUAUCAGAGCUCCAUGGCAACAUGUUUGUGGAAGAGUGUGGCAAAUGUGGCAAGCAGUAUGUUCGGGAGAAGGUAAUUGGUGUGAUGGGCCUGAAACCCACCGGCCGUUACUGCGAGGUGACGCGCUCACGGGGACUACGGGCUUGCAGGGGAAAGCUGAUGAGUACCAUACUGGACUGGGAAGACGCGCUGCCCGACCGUGACCUCAACCGAGCUGACGAUGCCUCCAGGCGUGCUGAUCUGGCCAUAGCCUUGGGGACGUCUCUUCAGAUCAAACCCAGCAGUGACCUCCCCCUCAUCACCAAACGCAGAGGAGGGAAACUGGUCCUUAUCAACCUACAGCCCACCAAAUACGACAAGCACGCCGACCUCCGUAUCCAUGGUUACGUAGACGACGUGAUGCGGCAGCUGAUGAAGUGCAUGGGGAUGGAGAUUCCGGAGUGGGCGGGGCCAACGCUCUGCGAGACCUCCCCCGGCAACCCAUUUCCCCCGCUGAAGAAAGAGGAGGUGGAGGAGCAUGGAGAGAAGAAACCGAGGAUGAAGACAUUACAGAAAGAGAAGGACGGAGUAACGACAGCGGUCAAACGAGAGAAGGAAGAGGACACACCCUCAGAGACGUCAGUAAAACGGGAAGCCGCAGCAGUGACUGACAGCCGCCCACAGCCAGUAGAAACACAAGCCGUCCCAAAGGAGGCGGGCUCAGUGAAUGGCACAGAACAGCCUCAGUGUCCGUCUGAGAGCACGGAUCAACCGUCGGAAGCCAAGAAAGCCAGGACCCAACCUCCAGCGAACUGAACAUAUGCACACACACACACAGCACAGCCAAGAGACUGGGUAUAUGAACUUGAAGACACACACACACACACACACACACACGCACAC